AUGACCGACGACUCUUCCCCCGACUAUCAGGAAAUCGAGAAAAAACCCGUGCACACCAUCAUCCUCGACGCCUCGCCCCUCCUCCUGAACACACCCGGGAUCUCCACCCUCCUCGCCAACGGCCAUGUCCUGGUGACCACGCCCUCCGUCCUCGCCGAAAUCAAGGCUGAAGAAGCAAGGAACAGAGUCGAGACCCUCUACAAACCAUUUUUGACCGUCCGGUCGCCGAAUCCCGAGAGUUUGAAGAUCGUCAAAGACUUUGCGCGCAAGACCGGCGAUGGCGCCGUGCUCAGUCACACCGAUUUUGAGAUUUUGGCAUUGGCGUAUGAGAUUGAGUGUGAGAGAAAUGGAGGUGAUUGGAGGCUGAGGACGACACCGGGGCAGAAGAGAUUGAAUGGUGGGCCGCCACCGCAAACGCAGAACGAGGUGAAGGGAGAGGAAAACCAAGAUCAGACUCCGAAUGCGGAAGAUGUCGUGGAGGACUUGCAGGGUCAAGCAGAGAAGGAACUGGAUUCUAUCGAGGAAAAGAUAGACGGCCUGAGGCUCGAGGAGGCAGAAGGUCAAAGGGACGAUGCAGCAGGCGAAGCUAUCGACGAAACCACAGAGGAAGCAACACAACCCUCCGAGCACCAGUCGGAGUCAACUCCUCCACAACCAACAGAGACUGAAGGCUCAGACUCAGACGAAGGAUGGAUCACCCCUUCCAACAUCAAACGCCGACAAGCCCAGGACGAAUCCGCCGGCAGCGGGUCGUCAAAAUCCUCUCCCAAACACCUCCAGGUCGCCACUAUGACGGGCGACUUCGCCAUGCAAAACGUCCUCCUCCAAAUGAACCUGAACCUCAUCUCCACCAAGACCUGCCAACGGAUCUCCCAGAUCAAACAGUUCAUCCUACGGUGUCACGCAUGUUUCUCCACCACCAAAGACACGUCUAAACAGUUCUGCCCGCGGUGUGGGAAACCCACCCUGACCAGGGUAACUUGUACAACUAAUGACAAAGGAGAGGUGAAGUUGCAUCUGAAGAAGAACAUGCAAUGGAACAACAAGGGCAAUGUCUUCUCGGUCCCGAAACCGACGAGUGGAAGCGCAAAUCAGAAAUGGCAAGGGGCCAGGCACGGGGGAGGAGGAAAGGGUGGAUGGGGCAAUGAGCUGAUUCUCGCAGAGGAUCAGAAGGAGUACGUCAGGGCCAUGGCGAAGAUGAAGAGGGAUACCAGGAGAGAGAAGGAUUUGAUGGACGAGGAUAUUCUGCCAGGCAUCCUGUCAGGAGAUAGAGGGCAUUCCGCAGGCAGGCCGAGAGUAGGGGCAGGUCGAACUGUCAACUCGAGAAAGCGGUAG